AUGAUGAAGACCAAACCCUCGCUGGACGAGAUCCACGAGGUCAUUGAGAAGAACGAGAAGAAGCGGUUCGUGCUCGACGCAGCGGCGGACCCGGCGCGUAUCCGCGCGGCGCAGGGCCACACCAUCCACCUGGAGGCCCCCGUGCUCAGCAAACUCCCCCCGGAGGAGCUGGACGGGCUGGUGGCGGUGCACGGCACGUCGCGGAAGAGCUGGGCGCUCAUCCAGGAGAGCGGGAGCCUGCAGCGGAUGGAGCGGCAGCACGUGCACAUCUCCCUGCGCCCGGGGCACCUUCGCACGGGCCACCUGUGCGAGGUGCUGCUGCGGGUCGACGUGCGCGGAGCGAUGGACGCCGGGCACGAGUUCUUCGUGUCGACGAACGGCGUUCUGCUGACGCCGGGGCCCCUGCCGCUCGCGUUCGUCCAGCGCGUCGAGCGGAGCGACCUGCCGGACGCAUGGCAACAGACGUAG